GGAAAGAAAGGAAAAAGGGAGGGACUGAGGAAAAGAAUAGAGGGAGAAGAGUUUGAAAAUCGUAGGAGAAGCUGGGUUAGUACAUGCAUUGGGAGCCUCAGAACUUGUUCCUCCAUUAAAAGAAAACAAUUGCAGUGGGCUCUUUACAAUUGCUGUGCUUUUCGAAGAAGAAACAGUGGUGUCAUCAUUUGUAGAUUCACUGAUGGCUGCACUGCGCAAAGAUGGGAGCACACAUGAUGACAAUGGACAUAUUGAUAGCCUGUGAUCAAUAAGGACAAUAUCAGAGGGUGACAUUUAAGGGACGUAUAGCCAGACUUGCGAGUAAGUCUUUCUUUGGAAAAAGAGGAGUGCAGACAUGACUACAGACUAACUUCAUGGCAUCUUCACAGUCUCUUAACCCUCCCCAUCUAGAGUCAAUGGUCACUGGUGUGACUCAGAUUCACCAGCAGGAGGAAGAGGAGGGGGAUGAAGAUGAAGAAACUGGUGAGAAGUUUGAGUUCGAUGACAGUAAAGAUGAGCAUAACACAGAGGAGAACUUUGUACAUGAGAAAGAGUCAGGAUCUUCUCAUGUGGAAGCUGAGCAUUCAGAGAGUAUAAAAGGGAGCAUGGCCUCAAAUGCACUUUAUUGUCAAGCUAUGAAAAGUGUCACACACCGUUACCAGCAGGCAGUAAACGGAGAGGCUCCUGCUGGUCUGGAGGACCAAGACGUCGCCACAAAUUCACACACAACAUACCCAGACAUGGUGGCCAGACAAUCUCCUGAUGGGAGUUCUGUCUCUGCUGAGCCUCAAAUGACUGAUGAACCUGCAAGCACUUGGAAAAAAAGUAACAUUUAUGAAGGGAAAGCUGUUUCUGAGUCAGAAGGAGAACAACUAAGGGUCAACCCAGCUCAUCCUGCUUGCUCGGAGGUCAUUUAUGAUGAUGUGCCCAGUGAGAACGCCACUCCUCCAGAUAUAGAGGAUGACGUGAUCUAUGAGGAGGUGCAGAGGUCUGGCAAAUCUGCACUGAUAGACAAUGGCUGGGGCUCCAGUGAGUUUGAGAGUUAUGACGAGCAGUCAGACAGUGAGACUCAGCAGCCCACCCGUAAUAAGGUUCAGCAGCUCAUGAAGGCUGCUAGGAAUGGCGCGAAGGAUGGACUGGAAAAGACGAAAAUAGCCAUGAUGCGCAAAGUGUCCUUCCUGAGUAAAAAAGAUUGUGCAGAUGACACAGAGGACGAUUCUGGAUAUCUGGAUGUGACUGUAUCUGAACUGAAGCAUCCACCACCUCAACUUUCUCCCAUGCCAGAGGGGCUCAGUAACCAACAGAUUGUCAGGCGUCAUAUUCUUGGCUCUAUCAUCCAGAGUGAAAGAAGCUACUUAGACUCACUCAAGAGGAUCCUGCUGGAGUAUAAGAAGCCUUUAAUGGAGGCGGAGCCACGGAUAUUAAGUGUAAAGAAGAUCCAGCCUAUUUUCUACAGGCUGAAGGAGAUCCUGCAGUGUCACUCCAUGUUUCAGAUUGCUCUGACAUCUCGUGUAGCAGAAUGGGACAAUACUGAGAAAAUCGGAGACCUCUUUGUAGCUUCUUUUUCCAAGUCAAUGGUGCUAGAUGUGUACAGUGAUUAUGUCAACAACUUCACCAAUGCUAUGGCUCUUAUCAAGAAAGCUUGUAUGUCCAAGCCAGCGUUCCUAGAGUUUCUCAAGAAGAUGCAGGCAUCCAGUGUGGACAGAAUCACUCUUUAUGGGCUGAUGGUCAAACCAAUCCAGCGCUUUCCUCAGUUCAUUCUCCUGCUUCAGGACAUGCUGAAGAAUACUCCUGUGGGGCAUCUGGACAGACUGCCACUGCAGCUGGCCCUCACUGAACUGGAGACUCUCGCCGAGAAGCUGAAUGAGCAGAAGCGGCUGGCAGAGCAGCUCGCUGAGAUCCAACAGCUCGCUCGCAGCAUCAGUGACCGAAACCUCAGCAAGCAGCUGAACUCAGAUCAGAAGCAGUUGAUUCUGUGUGAGACGUUGAUUGAGACCGUCUAUGGUGAGAAGGGCCAAGUCCUCAAGUCUAAAGAGCGCAAAGUCUUCCUCCUGAAUGACAUGCUUUUCUGUGCAAACAUCAAUUUAAAGGGCCCUCCAGAUAUCAGCAGUCUGGUCCCUGUGGGGCCUAAAUACACAGUUAAGUGGAGCGCCCCCCUGCUGCAGGUUCAAGUUGUGGAGGUGGGCCAGGAGACCCCCCAACGUAAAGACAGCGUCUACCAGCAGAGUGGCAGCAGACGCCUGAGCUCCACCAACUCACAGGGGAAGCUGUUUCUGGGACCACCCCGACUGUAUCAAGAACUGCAGGAGUUACAGCAUGAUUUGACAGUGGUGGAGGAAGUCACAUUGUUGGUGGGCACCCUGCAAGGGUCUUAUCAGAAUCUUAACACUACGUUGGGGCAGGACUGGUGCAUGGCUCUUCAGAGGCUCAUCCGCAUUAAAGAAGACGAGAUCCAGUGUGCCAACAAGUGCCGUCUACGACUGAUGGUUCCUGGCAAGCCUGACAAGUCUGGACGUCCAGUUAGCUUCACAGUGGUCUUUAGUACACCCAGCCCAAUUAGCAAAAUCUCUUGGGUCAAUCGUCUGCAUCUGGCCAAAAUUGCCCUCAGAGAGGAGAACUUGCCUGGCUGGGUGUGUGUAGAGGAUGAUGAAAAGACUAAGCCUCCAUUCUGGUGCCCAUUACUGGCUUGCCGGGUGCCUGUAUUUACCCCAAAAGCGCAUGAUCUGAAGUUGCAAGCUGCUAUGUAUAACCCCGUCCAGUGUGCUCUUCUUGGUUUCUCUGCUGCCAGCACAUCCUUGCCUCAGGGAUACCUCUGGGUGGCUAGUGGGGGUGAUGGUUCCCACGGGCAUGUGGAGAUUUUCUCCCUUAACAGACCCACUCCACGUUCUGUUAAGAGUUUUUCUCUAGGUUCCCUAGUGCUUUGUCUAGAGUAUAUCACAGAGCCCAGCACUGAUGAGGAACAGAAGGUACAGGCCACUGAUGUUCCUCCCAAAAUCAGCAACACCAUCUGUGUGGGAUUACAGGAUGGCAGCAUACUCGUUUACGGCAGUGUGGACACUGCUGCCCAGUGUCUCCUAACGUUCUGUAACCCUGAGGGCUGUCCAGUUUUGUGCCUGAAACACACUGACAACUUUCUCUUCGCUGGACUGAGUAAUGGAAAGGUUGCAGUUUACAACAGAAAGAGUGGUGUUACAGAGGGGCUGUGGGAUCCAGACUCCUGCAGACAUGUGGUUAUUGGAUAUGCGCCCAUCCUCAAACUCCUCCGAAUAGAUGAGUGUGUGUGGGCCAGCUGUGCCAACCAAAUCUCUGUGAUUGAGGGCUCCACUCUUGGGACUCAGAGUUUUGAAGCUCAUCCAGACCCAAUGAUUAGUGUGACCCAUAUGGUGCGUGCAGGAGGAGGGGUGUGGAUGGCGUUUUCAGAGGGAUCAUCCCUCCGUCUGUUUCACACAGAAACACUGGAUCACCUCCAAGAGAUCAACAUUUCAACACCCUCUGCAUAUUUGAGCCCUGGACAAAAAACUGUGUGUGUAACCAGCCUGCUCAUCUGCCAGGGACUGUUAUGGGUGGGCACAGCUCAGGGCGUUAUUGUCACCCUGCCAGUGCCCAGACUAGAGGGUAUCCCCAAAAUAACAGGUAAAGGGAUGACCUCACUCAACGCUCACAAUGGCCCCGUUGAAUUCUUGGUUUCCACCUACAGCAUUUUAUCCCAAGAUAUCCUAAAGCGAGACUCUGCUGUGGAGUGUGCGGAUCCAAAUAGUGGAGUGGAGGAUAAGGAGAUGACAAACUCGUCACGGGAAUCCCUCCAGCAGGCAGAUGGCUCUCCUCAGGGAGAAGCCAAAUCUAAAGGACUGCUGCUGCAGUACCACCUGCGGUCUACCUCUCAACUCCCAGGUAAGCUCCUGACAGCUCGGCCCGAAGAAGCCUCGGACUGGACACAGGACUUUCUGGAGCACACCCUGGAGGACGGUUCCAUCUAUGAGCUGAGCGAUGACCCAGAUAUUUGGGUCAGGGGCCCAGGGCCAUCUUCUAAGGAAGCAGCAAGGAGGGAGAAGGUGACAUCAGCCGCUGUUAUAUCCGGUGGAAAAGGCUUCCGUCGGCUCACUAACUCUUCUAACUCCCCUGAAUCUAAUGAGAAUACGCUCAUGGUCUGGCAGUUGCCCAUUACAGUGUGAGGCAGUAAUACAUAUUCCUCCUAUUGGAUUUCAUCAGGUGGUUUUGCAUUGAUGGAGCAUUGUUGGAUCAUCGAAGGACAAAUAGGCUGUAAGCUUGAAUUUGUAUGGGUUAUGCCAAAUUAUUCAUUCCAUGUUUCUUCCAGAAGGUUUUAAGUUGAUGACCAACUGCCCCAUUCAAUAUAAAUUCUUCAUAAUAAUAGCAUGUGCUUGGUAUAUAAUGCACCACAACUAAAUAUAACAAUAAUCUCACCUCUUGAAAAAAUUACUGAAACCACCAAAUGAUUGAAUUUGAUUAUAGCCCUUCUGCACUUGAGGAAUCAGGGUAAGUGUUGUUGUUUUGUUUUUUUCAGAUGCAAUACAGAAAAUAAUCCUUAGUAUGUAUCUGAAAGGGCUGUGACCCAAUUCUCUCCUGUGUAAAUUAUUAAAAAAAAAAAAAUUAUGCAACACCACCAUAGGUGUGCACUGUGACUUUACUGAAAAGUGCGUUAGUAGAAUAUGUGGCGUAAUACUAUUUAAAUGUGUUUUAAUGUUAUUUUAGUAUGAAAUUUAAAUAGCCAAUUAAUGAGAAAAAGGUGGCACAGGUACUUGUUUUUGAUGGGUCUCAUUUCACACAGUGUCACUUUGUCAACAAAAAUAAAUCAUAUUUGCUGUGA